UCAAAGCUCGCAGUUGUUUUAAAAUCGUGAAAGAAUAAUGCCGAUUUUCUCUGAGUUUUUAACAUAAAAGUACUUUUUUAAAGCUUGAUUCUGUGGCUGGUCAGUGCAGUGAAUCGUUCACCAUGGAGUGCGACCCGAAAAACUCCCACAAGCACAACCUCCAGAAGGAGCUGGUUUGCAUCGAGUAUCCCGGCCAGGUUCGCAACCCGGACCGAAUGAUGGCUUCCCUGGGCGGUGCGCUGGAGUUGAGUACGGCAAUCACCACCGAAAAGCGUCGCCUCGAGCUUCGCUUCCGGCCGGACUCGAUCUACUCGAAGCCGGCGUUCGGCGACCGGCACCAAACGACGGGGCUGGUGCUGAAGCUGAAGAUUCGCCGGAAGCGCUCGCAACCGAACGAGGUUCAGGUCCGGUCGAUUGAGAUCGCUGGCCGGGUUAACUUCCAGUAUCGGUUCGAGAGUAUGUGUGACUUUCAACUGUUGCCGGCGAUGCGGAGCACGACAACGGGGGUGGUCGAGUGUAUGUACGACAGUUUUGUUCCGAGCGGGGUCAUUACGAACCCGGCGGAGUGCGGGACGGAUCCGGUGCCGUACUUUUUGCCGCCGAUUUCGUUCAGUCGGUUUGAUACGUCGCAGUUGAACAUUUUCAAGGCGAAGGACGUCGUGACGGAUUUGAUGGCCCCGGGAGAUAAGGAGCGGGCACGUCGUACGAAGCACGGAAUUUAUCAAGGGUUUACACUGUUGGAGUCUCUUCCGCAGGAGCCGAAUCCGCUGGCGCCGCAGACAAUGAAAGCGAAGAACGUGCCACAGGCUACGAUUGACCUGGUGCGGAACAAGUUCCAGGAACGUCCGGUGUGGACAAAGACUGCGUUGAAGUGUGCGCUGCAGCUGAGCGAGGACGACAUCCGGUACGUGCUUCCGUCGGUGGCGUUGUACUUUGUCAAUGGUCCGUGGCGUGGAACUUGGGUCCGGUUCGGGUACGACCCGCGUCAGUUCUUCGAUGCUCGCUACUAUCAGCUGCUGGACUUUCGCAUCCGGACCACCGGAGCGAUGCACGACAAGGUCAAGGUGAAACGCAGCCAAAAUCCGAUCAAGCCGUGCAUGCGCUUCGCCAACCCGUCCUCGAACAUCCGGGACUCGGAAAAGCUCAGCAUCAGCCGGUCGAUUGCGCCGAAGACCGAUUACAUCUUCACGGCGGACACUCUGCCCCAGAUGCGGAUCAUCUUCUACCAGUACUGUGACGUGCAGGUGCCCCAGAUCCAGCAAAUGUUGGAGAAGAUUCCGACGCCGCUGACGGGGGCCGUUUGUAACGAGAAGACCGGGUGGUUGCCAGCGCGGUUCGACGAGCAGUGUCGGAACAUUUUGACGGAUAUUGUGCUGGCGAAUUUUAGGAAGAAGAGAGAAGGGGGUGGCACGGAUACCAAUACCAGCGCCAGUGAGUUUGAGGAAACGGAAGGGGACGAAACGGAGCGGACGUUUGACGAGGAGGAGGACGAAUCGGAUGAUAGCGACGCCGAGAAGAUUCUGCCGUUUGAUUAGAGGAGAAUAAACGAGCUUAU